AUGUCAGACGCCCAAGAUGUCCAAACACUUAAAAUGAAAGUGGCGAGAAAACAUGAUCAAGAAUAUGAACGUCGACGGUCUUCUACUUUACAUCUUGAACCUCCUCAAUCCGACGUUCGGAAGUCGACAACGUCAUUUUUACGUGCUCGUACGUCCGGUGUUAAUCGUCUUCUUCGCUCGACUAUUAGUAGUGCAGGAGGUGUGUUAGUGAAUCAUCGUCACAGGAGUAAUACAAGUAGCAGCAAAAGCACCAGUCAAUUCAUGAGUAAAAGUGCUCCCAGUAGUAGUAAAUCUACAAUGAGUCAACAGGAUGAACUUGAGACGGUGGUGACUGAACCAGCGAAUGAAAAUGCAGUCGAGUUAUUACCGUCACCGACAGAGUCGGAGAAACAAAGGAGACUCAAAUUAACUUCGUCAUCGACGUCUGGAAGUGGAGAUGUGGAUGAAGAUGGACUUCCACCGUAUGUCGAGCAGAAAUGGACCCAUGUCGUCUUGAAAAUGACUGCAUUUUCAGAAGAGGAUACAGUAACAAGUUUUCGAUUUGAUGUGAAUGGAGGCGGUAUUGGUAGUGAUACUGAUAAUGUAGCGAGUGUUCCAGCUGAUCAAUUACUUGAAGGUAAAGAUCACGCACGUAUUCUUUACAAUGGUGGACGAUUUUAUUUAGCCAAUGGAGAUAAUUCAAGUGAUACGUUUGUUCGACUGAGUCCGUGUGGCGGAGGUGAUGACGAUGCUGAAGAUCGGAUGCAAUGGCCUUUGGAACCUCAUGUGUCGUUUCGAGUCGGCAAGUCAGAUUUUAUAGUGACAGCUUUUCAUGAACCAUCGCAAACGUUGGAAAUAUCGGCAUUGAGUGGGAAACUAGCAGGGACACAGUUUACGAUAGGGCGCGAAGGUGCGGGGAUUGGACGGUCCGCGGAAAACAAGAUUCACACAGGUGAUGGUGAACUUUCGCGUAAACACGCUGCGAUCUGGUUUGAUGAAUUAACAAAUCAGUUUUACCUCGUUGACUUGAAUUCGACGAACGGAACGUUUAUGAAGCUUGUGGGAAGUUAUCAGGAACCGUACCGUCUUGAAAUUGGUGAUGAUUUGCUGGUUGCACAGACAUGCUUUACUGUGAAUAGAUUUGACUUUGGUGCUCAUGCAGAUAUGGGUGCACGUAAGCACAUGGAAGACGCGCAUACGAUUAUUCAGGACUUGUGCAUUGAGUCACUAAGUCGCUUGGGAUUGCAUCCGCAGUCUUACUUUGCUGUUUACGAUGGACAUGGUGGCGGAGAGGCUUCGUCAUAUUUGGGUGAAGUGCUGCACCACAACAUUAUUAAAACGUUCUUUAUGAAAAAAGCAGAGCUCAAGCCACUGAUCAAUACGUCGUCGGAGGAACUGCAGUCCAUGAUCACAAAGCGACUUACAGAUGCUUUUGAAAAAACGGAUGAGGAAUUUUUGAAUGAAUCGGAACGUCCUCAGGCUGGUAGCACAGCGACAACGGUGCUCAUUGCAGGCAAGUACAUGUUUGUAUCAAAUGUCGGUGAUUCCCGGACGAUUUUGAGCCGUGCAGGUAAGGCUGAACGUCUUUCGAACGACCACAAGCCGAGCCGGCAGGACGAGGCACAGCGUGUUCGCGACACUGGGGGAUUUGUGAUUCACGGACGUAUCAUGGGAGAGCUUGCCGUUUCACGCGCGUUUGGAGAUGCACCAUUUAAGACUUUUGAUUUGCCAGAGCCACCAAAAGAAGACGUGGAUUCAAAGCCACGUAGUGAUUACGACUCACAGGAAUUGCCUGUAAACCCAAAUGAUAUUUUGAAAGGCCCGCUAGUUAUUCCCACGCCCGAGAUCACCAUUACAGAGCUCACAGAAGACUGUGAGUUUGUUGUGCUGGCCAGUGACGGGCUGUACGAUGUUCUCAAAGACCAGGAAGCUGUUGACUUUAUGCGUCAGAAAAUAACGCAGCUUGGAGAUCUUCAGCGUGCUGUGGAGGCUAUUGUGGAGCACGCUAUUUUCCACCAGCGCUCGACAGAUAACGUGACAUGCGUUGUGGUGCUGUUCAAGCAGCCUAAUGACCUCAAAUGA